UUGGGAACUCUUCUGAAUUGUUCUUACCCCUGCAGACUCUCCAGUAGCUCGAGCGUCAUGUGUCUGUAAUAUUUGUGUCGGAUGUAAAUCAUUCUGCCUCUGAGAUCUUUGAAGUUAAUGAUAAACUGAAUACUUCGCAAACAUUAACAACCUGGCUCUGGCCCUCCCCUCUUUCCUUAUAACCUUUGUAUCUGCUUCAAAAUGCCCCCUCCUUACUCUUUGUCCUGUGAGACAAAAUAACUGCAUAUCUUUUUGUCUGUACUCAAUCACACAGUUUUACUGUGCAGUGACACAGGGUCUGCCCAGAUCAGCUUCACAGCUUUGUGCAGCCCAUCAUAAACACACCAUGCUGAAAAUUCAGAACUGCUCUGUGAGCUUUGAGAUAUGUAGCAAAUAUGGUGCCGGUCACAAUCGUUUGAGAUGUGAAUGCUCACAUAGGAUCCUAGGCACAUUCUUGGACAGUGGAGGUGUACAAUUGGGAAUGGCGGCUUUGAAGUCUUGGAGAGUUCCUGAAAAACCCCACAGGGUUUGAUUGAGAUAGGAUCUGAAGACUAGAGGCUGGGUGAAUCCUCCUAAAGAUAAGGAAUGAGAUUGACAUGUACUCUGAGAGACCAUAAAGAAUCCAGGUCAAAUUAAGCUCUGGCAUACACUAUAACACAGUCAAUGAAAUAACCACCUAAACCUUUUAUUACAACCAAGAAGCAUGUACUUUCCUUCCUUCCACAUCCGCUUCCAUCUACGUAUUUUGUGUUCCUUGUUGCCAUAGUAGUGGAACUCUCACAGGAUUAUAAAUUAAUAAGACCUAUUUGCCCUUCUGUCUCUACCUUUGGGAGUAGCCUAAAUGGUAGAAGAAUUUUCUCCCCAGGUGCGCCAACCCUAAGAGGAGUUCUUGUGGAAAAGCAAGCUUGAACUAAUGGACUUUGCAUUUGGUGCAGACUGUGGUGAGAUCAGUGCUCCUACUUGCUUCUGGCAAAAGUGCUUAUCAUAGUCUAGGGCUGUUUCCUGCACUCGUGAGUCUCCCCCGAUUGGCUAAGUUUAAUUGGUCUCUGCAGCUGUGGCAGAGGGAGAAGCGUGCUCUGGAGUGCUGGUCUCAGUGUUGUCUCAAGUCUUAAAGGAAUUAAAUUAGAUUUGGUAUGCCAAGGAGGAGCCAGUGGAGCAGCGAGGUGAUGUGUCGUCUGUGGUGGUUUACAAUGAUGCACCGGAUUGUCUGUUUGUGAUGAAGAUGAGACGCCACAAGCUCUUUCUGACUCUGUGCAUGGCUGGUCUCUGCCUCAUCUCCUUCCUGCAUUUCCUCAAGGCCCUCUCUUACGUUACCUUCCCCCGGGAGCUGGCUUCGCUUAGCCCCAACCUGGUCUACAGCUUCUUCUGGAACAAUGCACCUGUCACACCGCAGGUCAGCCCUGAGCCAGGAGGGCCGGAGUUCCUCCGCACACCACUCUACUCCCAUUCACCCCUGCUCCAGCCCCUGCCGCCCAGCAGGGCCAGUGAGGAGCUGCACAAAGCUGAGUUUGUAUUGCAGGAAGACACCACAGAAUAUUUUGUCCAUACCAAAGCAGGCGGUGUCUGCUUCAAGCCAGGAAACAGGAUGUUGGAGAAGCCACCAGCAGGCCGGCUGGAUGAGAGGGAAAAUGGCGCUGCUUCAGGGCGCCCAGCUCGCAAGCCGCUGAGCACCAGCGGGACAAAGCGGCGGAAGUGGGUAGAGUGCGUGUGUCUCCCUGGCUGGCAUGGUCCUAGCUGUGGCGUGCCCACUGUGGUCCAGUACUCAAACCUGCCCACCAAGGAUCGGCUGGUACCACGUGAAGUGCCCCGGCGGGUCAUCAACGCCAUUAACAUCAACCACGAGUUCGACCUCCUGGAUGCCCGUUUCCACGAGCUGGGGGAUGUAGUGGACGCCUUCGUGGUCUGUGAGUCGAACUUCACUGCCUAUGGUGAGCCACGCCCACUGAAGUUCCGCGAGAUGCUCCUCAAUGGCUCCUUCGACUACAUCCGCCGCAAGGUGCUCUAUGUCUUCCUGGACCACUUUCCCCUGGGGGGACGCCAGGAUGGCUGGAUCGCUGAUGACUACCUGCGCACCUUCCUGACGAAGGAUGGCACCGCCCGCCUGCGCCACCUGCGUCCGGACGAUGUCUUCAUCAUCGAUGAUGCGGAUGAGAUCCCAGCCCGGGAUGGCGUGCUCUUCCUCAAGCUGUACGAUGGCUGGACGGAGCCUUUCGCCUUCCACAUGCGCAAGUCCCUCUAUGGUUUCUUCUGGAAGCAGCCUGGCACCCUGGAGGUGGUUUCUGGCUGCACAGUGGGGAUGUUGCGGGCUGUCUACGCCACAGACGGGAUCCGCCUCCGCCGCAGAGAGUACUACACCAUGCCUGGCUUCCGACAGUACGAGAACAGCACAGGCCAUAUCCUGGUGCAGUGGUCGCUGGGCAGCCCUCUCCAUUUUGCUGGCUGGCACUGCUCCUGGUGCUUCACCCCAGAGGGCAUCUACUUUAAACUAGUGUCAGCCCAGAACGGGGACUUCCCCCGCUGGGGCGACUAUGAGGACAAGCGGGACCUCAACUACAUCCGGGAACUGAUCCGGACUGGUGGCUGGUUUGAUGGCACCACCCAGGAGUACCCCCCUGCCGACCCCAGGGAACAAAUGUAUGCCCCAAAAUACCUGCUAAAGAACUACCAGCGGUUCCACUACCUGCUAGAGAAUCCCUACCGGAGGGCAGAAGGGGCUGGGUGAAGGGAGCUGGGCUUGCAUGGGAAAUGGGAACUUUAGAGCAAAGGGGAAGAAUGAGAAACGUCUUUUAUUUUCCUUUUUAUUUUGUUUCCAGCCAAGAUAUGUAGUCACUCUGCAUUGUCUGCCCUUCUGGCAGUGUGACUUGGGGUGGGAUUCCCAGUCUCACUAAGGAGGGCCGGAGGAAUGGAGAGGAAAUGGGAACUGGCCCUGGAGGAGGCAAAAAGAUUGUGGCACAUCCCCCUCUAUCUUGAGAUCUUAUCCCAGGGCAGGUUUUCCUACAUGAGGGGGUAGAGGAAGCAGCUGCCCUCCACUGUGGGACAGGUUUGCAUGCCCGUGUGAGUCUGAACUCGUCGAUGAGCAUGAGAGUGGGCAGGCGAAUGUAUGAUCAUGUGCAUGUGAGUGGAUGUGUGUGUCAUGCGCGUUCAUGUGAGUUUGUGUGUACAUUUGCAAAAGCAUCUCUAUAUGCAUUUAUUUUUUUACUGCAGAAUUCUUUAAAGCACAGCUUAUCCCCGCCCCCUCCCCCCACCACUAACCUCAUGCCAAUGCAUCUCUCAUGGGCUCCACUCUGCCUAAUAUGCUGCUGGUCUUGGAGCUUGCAGAUAAGGGAAAUGGGGCGGAACACAAUGCUUGUACUCCUUCUCUACUCCCACUGGGCUAUCACUCUGCCCCCUCACCUUACCUCUGCCCAAAAAGCCUCAGGCUGUGUCCCAGCAACCUGCUUUCAUCAGGGGAACAAGCUACAGGGGUCUUCACUAGGUUGGAUGUAUGUUGUGUUCACAAGUGCGUGGAUUAGUGUGUGCACGAGUGUGAAUGUGCAUGGAUUUGGUAGGCAUGUGGCAGAGUGUUUGUGUUUUUGAGAGAGAGGUGGGAGCAUGGUAGGAUUCAGAAGCUCUGCUACAUACAUAGGAGUUAUGGAUAUUUAGGGAACCCCCUACAAGCCUGCUGUGUCUAGGGGGAGGCUGUAGGCUCUGUGUUCCGGUGCUCUAAGUGGGCCAGUUGAAAACUAGCUCUGGAUGGGGAGGUAAGAAUGGGGACAGCCUUAGGGCAGUAUUGCUGGCAGUGUCUGGCAGGGUGUUUCUCUCCUCAACAUAAAAAAAAAUAAAAUACUGGUUAAUCUGCUCCUUGGAGUAAAAGGGAGGGGGAAGGGGAAAUCCCAAGCUCCUUGGAGCCAAGCCUGGGUAUUGGGGCCAAUGGGCUGCAUCUAGGCCCAGCACCCAUACUAGGGACAGUUUGUCAGGGAGAAUCCACUGUGGGGAUUACUCCUGGAAUGUGCCUGCCUUGUGGCUGGGAGGGUGUGCGAUCCAGAACCAUUUGUGUGGAGAGUCCUGCAGUGAGCGGGGGAAGUGACAGAACUAGAAACAAUCCGAACCAGCGAGCUAAGCUCUUUGUCCCUGUUGUCUGUGAUAGGGCUUGCUUCUUUCCUUGGCUAUCUUGGUUCUUUGGGGUGCCAGCCACCUCCCCCACCCCGUUUGAGCAGAUGGCUCUGUAGUGCCUUGAGCCUGCUUUGCAGCAUGUAGCGGGGUGAAGGACAGAGCGGGCCUAUGUUAUUCUUCUCGCUGAGGGAGGAUGUUAAAGAGAGAAAUGGUGGGAACAUGAUCCCUCCCCUUGUUUGUAAUAAGCAUGAGGGAGAAAAUGGACUAUUCCCUAUAAGGAAUGCUCCCCUGCCAGUCUGGCAAGCUCUGCUGAAGACAGGGGGCUUUCUUUGCCAGUGGGUCUGUAAAUCCCCAUGACCAUGGGGUUUUAGCCUGGAUUCCCAUUUCCGUUUCUCUCUUCCCCCCACUUUGUGCUCCCUCCUCUGCUUUUCCGGGGGAAAGUGACAAGUCCCGGAGCUCAGUUCUAAGGUUGUGGCUUCCUCCUUAUCUAUAAGUAUUUCUAAGAUUCUUACCACCCAGGUAUUUCUAAGGUUCUUAUCACCCAGUGCUAGGUGAGCCCGUAGGACUCUGAACUGGGUGAAUUCCUUUUCCAAGCCACUGUGGGUCCAAAGUACGAUCAAGAUAGAAUGACAUAAAGCACAAGAUUGGAACCCCUUGUUCUCAGUGGAUCUAAGACAUGUUUAAUCUUAUCUCACUCCUAGCCCCAAGGCACUUGCUUGAAAGAGCAAAAACAUCUUUUUGCUUUAUUUAUAACUGCUGCCAUCACCCACAACACUCUGCUCCAUGAGAUCAUUGGUGGCUGGCACACAGAAUGGGAGAAGGGGAAAUCUCCACCCUUCCCCCCGGGAGCAGGCUAUUAUUGUGCCCACGUGAUCCAUCAACUAGAGUGUUCCAAGCACAGGCGUGGGACCUCACCGAUUGGGAUCUACAGCCCAAUCUGCCACAGAGGAUUCAUGACUCUGCUGAAAGAACUUUGGUGACUUACAAGAACUGGAGGGUAAUUGCAAAAGGAGGGGCAUAUGUUAGGGGAGAAGAAUUAGCAGAAAUGGGUAUAGCACAGAUGGGCAUUGUACUAUCCUGAAUGGAGGCCAGGGGAGAGUACAAUGCAUCAGCACAAGGGCCUGAUGCAAGAGAUUGCAGAGAAAGACGGAGGGACCCAGCAGUUGGUCAAGGCAUGGGAGCUCAGAACUUACCUGCAGGCCUUCUGUUUGGAUUUGACCUUUCCACAUUAACAACAAAACAACCCAAAGUCCAGUUCCAGUUGACUGGAAGGGAGAGGCACACUAUAUAUUUUUGUAUGCAAACUCCAUGAUGCUGGGAGAUGCUCAGACACCUUGAUGACAGGAACCAGAUAGCUAGAACUUGGGUCCCUUCUCUACAGCACAGUCUUAGCCAUGAGUCUGGGGUGGGUUCUGGUAGAGGCCAGCAAUCUUCCUGGAUAGGAAGCUAUGGGGGACCAAGCAGACCGUAAUACAUUCACAUGACUGUGCCACCUCCUCCCACCACUGUUUCCCCUUUUGCCUGCUCCCCUUUUCCUCUCCAUGGGCUAUCUGGGAUUUACAUUGCACUUCAGGGCAUGUUUGCCUUGCCUUAUGAAUUUCUAAUGCACCCAUCACUGCUGUAGCUAGGCCUGAUCUAGCACAGUCAUAUAGACUGCUUGCUUCCCUUCCCUCCCCUCUCUUAAUUACUCCAUUUCCCUCUUCACCCUCCAUUUCCCUCUUCUCAUUAGCAGCCCCUCCCUUUCCCAGGCAUGAGGAACAGAUCCCAUUGUAAUUGCCACUGGAUAAGAACUGAGCUCCUUUGGGGACUCAGAGGGCUCUUUAUACUAGAGUCCCUCUUUUUUUCCCCCCCUUGCCCAAGCUGGUUAGAAAUGAAACUUGAAACAGACUUCUGUGUUGGGAGACUUUCCAGAAAAAACAUGUCUGUUUUACCCCUCAUAUGAAUAAUUUUUGUAACUGUUCAGUUUAAAGCCAAAUCACUUUAUAUUUAUGGUAUUUAACUUGUACAACUAAUCCUCUCUUGAUUGAAGUUAGAUAAAUUGACCUCUUGUGCGUUUAACAUCGUCCUCUUCCUUCAUCCUUGCAAGCUACAGGGUGAGGCUUUUGGUAACUAGCGCUGGCUGAUUGAUUUCUCAGGCGAGGAUUCCAUCCCAGCCAGGCCCUGAAGAAAUAGGAGGCAGAGGUUACAUAUGUAGUUUGACCAGCUGGCUGAAUGGGUGCUUGUAGGAGAGAGACAGAUUCGUAAACAAGGAGCAGCACAAAAGUGUAGGAUCUCAAAACAUGGGUGGGUAGAGAAAGAGAUAGAUAAGGACUGGUCCAGAGUCCUCAUUCCCAAACAAUUGGGAUGAGCUGUCUGGCUCCUUUGAUCAGGUCUUGAUCUGGCACUGAAGAUGCUGCAAAAUGGAGUUUAGAAGGGAAAGCUUAAAAACCCAAAGUUGUGUCUGAGGGGUAGGUAUUAACAAGAGGGGAGGGCUGGGACAGGCUGUCAGAGCCAGAUUAUGUGCUAUUUAUGUGUGCAACAAUAACUGAGAAUUAGUACAGCUCACUUCCUCCUCUGCCCACAAACACUUUUUUUAGACAGCUCUUGCUUGGCUCAUUUCUGGUAUCUUUUCUACCUUUUACCCUUUGCUACCCUUCUUAAUUUGAAUCACACGAGAUACCCUCUGCAAUUUCUGGGGCUUACACUCUGCUGUGCACCUGUUUCAGUCUGUUUUAUUAAUGCCCUUGCUCCUUUGUAGUUUUCAAAGCUCUCUUCCACCAUUUCCUCACAUUAAGUCCUGAGAGGCAGGCUACUUCCAGGUUCUUCAUAAGCACAGGUGUUGGAGCUGGUGGGUCUACUUUACUGGAAAGACUGGGUUGAAGAGGCAUCUCCCUGUCCCAUCAGUGAAGCAGAUGGUAAACCUUAAUGAUGCUCAGGGCCAGACUGAGUAUGAUAACCCUAGGGGGACAGGACACAAAGGAUGGGAUGGGUUUUAUGGCUCUGUGAUUACUAUGAGAGGGCAAACGUUAUAGUUCUUUAGUGUUCUUUCUCCAGUAUUUGUAAUAUGUUCCUAGAAGCUGCUGUAAUCCCUAAAACUUCUUUGCCUCUAAGUGGAGGACAGGGCGCAACAUAUUCAUACACUGUGGCUAUGUCUACAUGACAGGGUUUUUGCGCAAAACCAGCCAUUUUUGUGCAAAAACCUGUGGAGCAUCCACACCUCAAGCGCAUUUUUGUGCAAGAAAAUCUAUAGUCAAUCG